AUGAAGGAUGAAUUCGCCAAAGUUGUCAGUUCAAAUCGAGCGCUUCACAACAGAGUGCAUGAGUUGGAAGAAAUGGUACGGAGGGAGUCAUCCAAAGUUGAAAGAAAUAACAAGUGUGUGGAGGAUUUGCGCAACACAGUGGCAUCAAUGGAGCAUUAUUUUAAGCUGGAGCUAGAGCAGCUGCGAAAACAAGAUGGUGGGGUGAAAGAAGCUGGGGAAGGACAUGAGGACCUCGAUACUCCUCAUAUGAAUGAAGGAGGUGACAAUGAAUUGUCGCCAUUACAUGACAAUGUCACUCCGCCCACAAAAUCGGCAGCAAUGGCAACACAAGUCCCCAGUGAUGGAGCCGAACCUUCCGCAGCCAUGGUCACUCCAGUUCCUGACUUACAAGUGCAUGAAGCAGCUGCGCAUGCACAAUCCGAGAAGCUGCCUACCCCGGAAGAUGUGGCCGGGUGUGACGAAAUCUGCCAAAGACUUAUGUUUUUGUUAGAAGAUUGGAAAAUAGCUGACAGAGUGCCAUCGGGAGGUCCGAUGAAUCCUCCAAGUAUACCUACAAUUAGUAUGGCUGCUGAUGAAGAAGGUAGUUUGAGUGUUGAAAAAAAAGAAGUGGAAGGUAAAGGCUGUAGACAGAAGCGCCCGGCCCAGACAUUAUUAAGUCCAUUUACUGAUCCUUUGAGGAAGAAGAGGACAAUGAGUGUGUCGGAUGCGACUGCAACCCCGCCAUGUUUUGAUCCAUCAAAACCGCUGCCCAUUGAAGAUGUGAAGGCAGUAAUAGAUUUUUGCACUGCCUGGAAAAACGAUAUCAGUGUGCAGGUGCAGCUUGAAGCAUUUUCAGUGGGCGCUGAUUUUUUCUACAAACUCAUCGAUGAAACGGCAUGGAUUAGCUCAAGGCACCUGGAAAUGGCAACCUUUCUUAUCCGGAAACGGCAACUCUCUCAUCCGUUGCUAUUUGGAACCGACUGGACAACGGCAGAUUAUGCCUUGCAGCAAUUUCUAGAGCCGUUAAAAGCGACUGGCAAGACACGUGGAUCGAAGAAGGCAGCAGCUUCAAACACCAGUGACCUUCCAGCCAACAAGCUGAAGAAUGUACAUCACUUUGUGCACGAGUCCCAUUGGGUUGCAAUCGAAAUUGAUUUCGUCCGACAUACUGCAACUGUGUAUGACUCAUAUGUUGAUUAUACCAAAUCUUCGAAGCUGGUUACACUUCUGCAACCUGUUAGCGAUACGCUUGCACGAGUGCUGUACAAUAUGAAGUUUUAUGAAGAUUCUGAGGUUGAAGAGGUGAAGCAAAAGGGGCUGCAGAUGUCGAGGUUUACGCCUUUCUCAGUUUGCAUCAUUGGAGGUGUGCCACAACAACGAGAUGGUACGUCUUGCGGAAUCAUGACCGUUCAAUUCAUCGAGCAUCUCAGUGCUGGGCUUUCGGUGCAUAAAAUUGACCCGUCGAAGAUCAAAUAUUACCGACUGAAGCUUGCAAUAGAGGGAGGAGGUGGUCAGGUCAUUCCCACUGCUAGGACACUCAUCUAUGCUUCCCAGCUCACUGCCAAGCCAAGCCUCCUUGAACCUGUAUAUCUUGUUGAAAUCGAAGCUCCAGAGCAGACUGUUAGUGGUAUCUACGGUGUUCUUAAUCAGAAACGUGGGCACGUGUUUCAGGAAAUGCAGAGGCCUGGUACUCCACUGUACAAUAUGAAGGCAUACCUACCCAUGAUGAUGUCUGAUCCAUUGGAAGCUGGAUCCCAGGCUUCAGAACUUGUGACAGAUAUCCGUAAGAGGAAGGGUUUGAAGGAGCAAAUGACCCCACUAUCCGAGUUUGAGGAGAAACUUUGA